AUGUCAUUUUCAUCUUCCGACUUCCAAAGCAUGACCGGCAAUAAAUCGGCCGCCGCCACCUCCUCCCGCGACGUCCCCAAGCACCGAGCCUGCGACGAGUGUCGCUCCCGCAAACUCGCCUGCUCCAAGGAGGCUGACGGCUGCGCUCGCUGCAAACGCGAGGGCAUUCCAUGCUACUACUCGCCGCAGAAGCCCAUGGGCCGCCCGCGCAAGCGACGCCCCGCCGACGAACCCCCGCGCGCUCCUCCGGCCUCCUCACGGCAGCGCAGGGCCGCGUCGCCGGGCAUCAUCCAGCAGCGCAGCCGCAGCACCUCCUCCUCCUCGGCCCCGUCCGUCGCCGCCGGCGCGCCCUAUAUGCUGCCGUCCUUUCAGCUCAGUGGCGCGGCAACCCCCACACCCUCACUCAGCGAUCCGACCUUUGGCUUCCUGGACGGCACGGCCACCGACAUGUCUUUCCUCGACCUCCUCCCCGCCGGAUGCUACCAAGACGGCGGCCUCGGCCUGACGACACCCGCUGAGCAGCACCAGCACGUCGAGUGCGGCGCUUCUUCGUUUCACGGAACGCUACCUAUGGACGCCUACGCCGACCUCUCUUUUCUCGACCCGGCCUUUGCGUCCGCCACCGCCGCCGAUGCACAGGAUGCCACCUUUGGCGCGACUCCGGAGCUCUCCGUCGGAUCUCACACGCCCUUCAACUCGGAACCCUCCUUCUCGCCACCGCCCCAACAUCACCACGCGAGAGGAGUCUCGACGCAGCAGCAGCAGCAGCAGCAGCAGCAGCAGCAACAACACCCCCCACUGCCGUCGUCAAAAGGCUACGGAAGCAGCAGCAGCAGCAGCAGCAGCAGCUCCGAGGUCCUCCAGCCCAUCCCCACCGUCUCCUGCCCGUGCCUGUCCUCGCUGUACAUGGCCCUCGAGUCGCUCGCCAACCUGCCGCCCGACGACAUCCCCGCCGCCAUGCGCGUCGCCCGCCACGCCUCGCGCGUCGCCCGCGGCGUCAUCGCCUGUCAAGUCUGCUCCCGCGACAUCCUCGACGUCUCCAAGCCGCCGCCCAUGCAGGCCUUCCAGAACAUGAUGCUGCUCGCCGCCCUCGUGCCCUCCGCCUGCAACGCCUACACCGCCAUCGUCAAGAUGAUCGACCGCGCCUGCAACCGUGCCAGUGGUCGUCUGCGGUUCUCGGCGCGCGAGGUGGGCGCUGGACGCUGGCUACCGGCGGAUCUAGCCGGGAUGGAUGGCGCGGAGCUGGAGCCGCGCGAGUGGCGGCGCGUCAUGCUCGCCAUCGUCCGCCUGGACGUCCACGGCGAGGAGAAGGGGAGCCGUGAGGACCGGGGAGCCGAAGGCGAUAUGGGGCUGAGCGAAGUGGUGGCGGCGCUAGACGAGCGCAACCGCAGGCGCCACGAGCUGGUGGACGCGUCGGCGGCGGCGGGCACGCUGCCGCCGCACACACACUACAUGAUGACGCCGCGCAGCUGCAAGCCCGAGGACAGGAACUGCGUGAGGGUCCUCGAGGUGGCGCGCAUGGCGCUGAAAAGCCUCGUCAUUGCCUAG